AUGCCAGUUCGGCAAUGUCUCAACUUGCUGGUGCAAAUCAUAGCGGCAGUCAAAAUCUUGGCAGCUGCUGUGGCACUGGCACCCAAGGCAAAUGAUGAUUUUCCAAAGAAGGUGCCGAUUUCAUGUGUUGGAAUUUAUGCGUGGUUGCCAAAUUCGAAUCAUAAAGUUGCUUCAAAUCAGACCGGUUCAACGCAAAAGGAGGAAUAUAGACAGGAAACAACAUGUGAAUGCUCGGCUUUAACAUGGAACACUGAACUAACAGGAGUUACAGGACCAUCAGUCAACCAGAAUGAUAAAACAUUUAGCCAUGGUUACGCCAGAGAUAGUGAAGAAGUUAAUUCCAAUGAACGGUUGAACUUGGGUCUUGGCAGGAACAGCUGCAUGAUGGAUAUUGAGCAAGGUUCACAAUCAAAAUUCACUGCCAGCAAAGUUUUCUCGUGCAACUUCUGCAGGAGAAAGUUCUAUAGCUCACAAGCACUUGGUGGGCACCAGAGUGCCCACAAGAGGGAGAGAGGAGCAAUCGAAAGGUACCGGUGGGAGAGGCAUAUGGCAAUGAUCGGUGUGCUUGCUGGUAAAACAAUAUUCCAGUCACUUGGCGGUCAGCCCCGUUCACUUGUCCACGAAACAAGUAGGGAAUGGGGUCCUUGGAUAGCAAGAUUCAACAACGAUGGCAAGGGAUUUGGGGUGACCCAGAAAGCAAUUGUGCCCGUGGAAGCAACGAGAGGAGAAUGGCCAGGUAGUUUUCACAUGGUAUAA